CAACUACUCAGAAGCAUCUUUGCAUAUAGAAGAACUGUUUUCCAUCCACUGCUAAUUAAGAAGAUUAAUUUCACCAAUUUGAGUGUGUGUGUGUGUGAGUGAGAGAGAGAGAGAGGAUCAGAAAUAUGGCUGAUGCUGUUGUUUCAGUUGCGACCGAGGGGAUCAAGCUGCUCGGAAACUACAUCCUACAGCAAGCAAAAUCCUUGAGUGGAGUCAGCUAUCAAGUUAGGCUUGCACAAGUCGAGCUACACUUGAUGCGUGGCUUCCUGAAAGAUGCAGACUCAAGAAUUGGAGAAGAUGAAGUUGUACGCAUUUGGGUAGAACUCAUUAGAGAUGCUGCUUAUGAUUUGGAAGAUGUCAUAGAAUCUUUCGCCUUAAAAUUGGCUUACAGGAGGAGAGGAGGUACUGUGAAGAUUGUUCUUAAAAGGUUUGCCUGCAUUUUCAGUGGAGGAGUUGAUCUUCACAAGAUUGGGUCGGAAUUUGAGGAUAUUAUGACCAAACUUUCUCAUCUGAGGUCGAGUUUGCAAAGUUAUAACAUCAAGCAAAUAAGUGGGGGUGAUGGCGUCGCUUCUUCUUUUAAGAGGCAACGAGACCAAAGGCUAACUUAUGCUCAUCAAGUUGAAAAUCACAUUGUUGGGUUCGAGAAAAUUACAGAAACACUGGUGCAAAAGUUGGUGAGUGAAGGAAAGAGUCACCGUGUUGUUUCUAUUUGGGGGAUGGGCGGCUCCGGAAAAACCACUCUUGCAAAACAGGUUUUUCUUCAAAAUGAAGUUAAGCGUCAUUUUGAUUGUUUUGCUUGGAUAUGUAUAUCUCAACAGUGGGAAGGAAAGGAUGUAUUGGAAGAUAUUUUAAUUCAACUCACUUUCCCAACACCAGAGAAAAAGAAAGAAAUUUCUGAAAAGGAAAAGGAUGAAAUAGCAAAGAAAAGGAAAGAAAUUUCCAAAAUGAAAGAGUAUGAAAUAGCAAGGCAGGUCUGUAGUAUCCAACGAGACAAGAGAUGUCUGGUGGUCAUUGAUGACAUAUGGACUCAAGAGGCUUGGAAUUCUAUUAAAGCUGGAUUCCCCAUCAAUGAGGAAACAGAAAGCCGGAUAUUACUCACUACUCGCAAGAGAGAAGUUGCCUUGCUUGCAUCCGGAAAUGAUCAUCUCCAUCAACCUCGACAACUAGAUGAGAACCAGAGCUGGGAACUGUUUGAAAAGAUAGCCAUUUGUGGAAGAGACAAAACAGUUUAUUAUGCACAGAAGAGAGAAUUAGGAAAGAAGAUGCUUGUUCAUUGUUCAGGUUUGCCAUUAGCCAUAAGUGUGCUUGCUGGUCUUCUAAGUAGACGAGAGAAAGUUGAGGAGUGGGAAACAGUGCAUAGAAAUGUUGAUAAAUACAUAAUGAGAGGUACAAAUGUCCUUGAAAGAGAAAACACAGGUCAAGGGUAUGGUGUAUCGAGUGUCUUGGCAUUGAGUUAUGAUGAUCUACCAUCUCACUUAAAACUCUGCUUUCUAUACUUGGCCCAAUUUCCUGAGGAUCAUGAGAUACAGGUAACAAGAUUGACUCAAUUAUGGAUUGCAGAAGGGUUUAUAGCUUCAACAUCAGAAAUACAGGGUUCAGUGGAAAUAAUGGAAGAUGUAUCAUAUGGCUGCCUAACUGAACUGGUGGAAAGAUCUAUGAUUCAAGUUGUAAAAUCUGGUUUAAGUGGGAAGGUGAAAACUUGCCGUCUCCAUGAUCUUAUGCGGGACUUGUGCGUGCAAAAGGCAAAAGAGGAGAACUUUCUCGGUGUUGUUAACUUUUCUGUUGGUCCGGUGUCUAAUGCAACACUGAUUGGUAAGGUUCGAAGACUUGCCCUCUAUUUGGACCAUAAUGUUAAAUAUGAGUUCAGUAAUGAGAAUGGAAGAGAUGGCCACAUUAGGUCUCUAUUAUACUUUGCCCCAAAAUUCUUCAAGCAAGAGUGGAACAAAAGAAUAAUACGAUCAGUAUUCAAUGACUUCAAAUUGCUUAGAGUCUUGAAGUUUGAAAAUAUAGAUAGAGAGUUUGAGUUACCAAAGACGAUUGGGAAUCUAGUACACUUGAGGUUUCUGAGUCUGAAGGAUAGUGCAUUUCGUGCCUUGCCAUCAUCUGUAUCUAAUCUGGUACUUUUGCAAACUCUAGAUCUGCGGGGUAAAUAUUUAGUUGAUGGAUCUUGGUUUUGGAUUGAGUGGGACAGGGAUACCAAAAUCAGAAAUGUGUUUUGGAAUAUGGAGCAACUGAGGCAUUUGUAUUUACCUUCUAUUUACACUGUCAGUAGAAAACUUUCAUUUGCAAGGCUGUGCAAUUUGCAGACGUUGGUCAAUGUUAGAAUUGAGAAAUGUGAUUUGAAUGGUCUUGUUCAAUUAAGCAAUCUGAAGAAACUAGGCAUAAGGUCAUCAAAGUCUAGUGAGUUGGAAAAGCUGAAGGACAUGUUGAUAUCAAGGAAUAGAACAUAUAAACAUCUUCGGUCUCUAUCUCUGGAGACUUAUUAUGGGGAUAUUAUACCAAGUGAUAUAGUAUUAAGGUGUCCUCAUUUAUACAAGCUGCGACUGGUGGGGAAAAUGACAGCGUUCCCGAAAGAGCUCCCAAACCUCACCAAGUUAACGCUGAUUAGAACAAGACUGAAGGGCGACCAGAUUGAAAUACUGGAGAAGCUGCCCAACUUAAGGGUGCUUUACCUCGGUGAUCGUUCUUUGGAAUCAGAAACAAUGGUUUUCUCCCAAGGAGGCUUUCCUCAUCUGGAAUUUCUUACCCUUGAAUUGUUGAAGGAUUUGAAGGAGUGGAGGGUGGAGAAAGAAGCCAUGCCUAGUCUUCAGAGAUUGCGCAUUGAAUGGUGCUUGGAAUUGGGGGCAGUUCCAGAUGGGCUUCAGGAGAUUACUACCCUCAAGGAAUUAACAAUUAACAGGAUGCCCAGUAGAUUCUGCAGAAGGGUUGGGGAAGGAGGAGAGGAUUUCUACAAAAUCAAACAUGUGCCUUCUCUUAUAAUCACAAAUAUUCAACCCGACUUCGAUGAGGAGCCAGAAAUGGAGGAAGCAGCAGGCGCGUCCCAAGUAGUAGUUACGGGUCCAGACGGUGACUCUGAUCAGGAAUUAAGUGUGGAUGCUUCUCCUCCUGCUCCUGAUGAGAAAACAGAGGAAAUACAACUUGCAUCCACUUUUUUCCUCAGUUAAAUCCACAAGCUGCUGUUUUGUCAAUUUUUGGGCUAGCCGGCCCGUUCUAUGUUCUUUGGGCUUUAUACUAUAUGGCCCGCCUAUAAUUCUUUUCCACCUAAUUCUUCCCUCUCUCUUCCUCAUUCCUGUCUGCUAGCUUUUAGUGGUGGCUGAAGCUAAAGGAUGGAUUUAACUGAAGAAGAAAUUACUGAGGCUUUAUCGAGUUUGAAAAACAGUGAUGCAUAUACUGAAAGAUCGGGACUAUCUAAUUGUAGAUCAUGAUCCAACAUGACAAUGUUGCCGUUUCAAAACAAAUAUGGAGAGAACAUGUAUAUAAAGGGAUGAGCUUACUAUCAAUAGAAGGAAGCGAGGUCACGACUCUGGUCAGAUUUAUGUGUUUUUCCCUGAUGAACCAAAAAUAGGGGUCAAGACGAUCAAGAAUUACACCAAACGCUUGGUUCAGGAGGAUUCAGACAAAGCCAUCGUGCUUAUUCAACAAAAUCUGACUCCCUUUGGAAAGCGCUUCAUAAGUGAGAUGAGAUCAAAGUACUACUUGGAGGUUUUCCAGGAGGCAGAAUUGUUGGUUCAAGAACAUGUUCUAGUUCCUGAGUAUAA